CCGCGCGUCCCGGCUAGCUACAGAUGCUAUUUUGAUAUCCGAGGAUUAUAAGCGCUCUGCAUUGUUCCGAUAGCCUGCCAUGUCUCUCCCAGACCUUUGCCAACGGUAUCCUCGACUCCAAAACGCAGCUUCAUCCUCCACCGGGGACCAUAAGUCGUUCUUCGACCCCAAGGCAUCGCUUCAAGGAGGUGGUUUCAUUAUCUACGACGACACCUUCCUAGACGUCCUAGGCGUCAGCCCGGAGCUGGAGGUGAUCCUUGAAAAUCAAGACUACCCAUUCGCACAUGAGGCUGGCAUCUAUAUACCGUCAACCGAUGAAUACUUCUUCACAAGCAACAUCUUCAUCAAGAAUGGCAUGAAGUGUCUAUCCAUGACGAGAGCGUGGAGACGAGAUGGAAAGUUCAACACCGAGGACAUCGAGAUCCGCGAGAUGGCCAUGGCCAACGGGGGGGUGAAUUACAGGGACGGGUUUAUCUUCUGCGUGAUGGGUGACCACAGCGUCAAGAGCGCCCUGGUCUACAUGGAACCCAGAGCCCCAUACCAGACCACCGUCCUCGUCGACAACUACCACGGCAAACCGUUCAACUCGGUAAACGACGUUGUCGUCCACUCCGACGGGUCGAUAUGGUUCACGGAUCCGAUCUACGGCGCCGAACUCGGCAUACGACCCAGGCCGGAGCUGCCGAACCAGGUGUAUCGAUUCGACCCCAGGUCGGGUGAUAUUAGAGUCGUGGCAGACGGCUUGGGCAGACCAAACGGGAUCUGCUUCGCGCCGGAUGAAAAGACGGUCUACGUCACAGACACAGACGCGGGCCACGGUGAUGGGACCUAUGACCCGUUGCGGCCUGCCACGAUAUACGCGUACGAUGUUAUCUUUAGGCACGGCUCGCCGUUCCUCGCGAACAAGCAUUUGUUUGCCAUGGCAGACGUGGGCUUUCCGGACGGUAUCAAGUGCGACACGGCGGGAAACGUUUAUAGCGGAUGUGGCGAUGGGAUUCAUGUUUGGUCUCCGGGGGGCGUGUUGAUAGGGAAAAUCUACCUUCCCGAUGCACAGGUCGGGAAUUUCUGCUUUGGACCGGAGGGAGAGAUGUUCAUUCUGAAUGAGCAUAAGGUCUGGAGGGCCAAGCUAGGUCCAAAUACCCGAGGCGCACUCUUGAAGAUGUAA